UUGCAUUUCAGAACUGAAGGAUCAGAUUUUCGAAUCGUCUCAUAAACAAGGAGAAGCUUGAUCUGAGUUAAAAAUCGUACCUCCAUUGUUCAAAACGGAGCUCUUCUUGGUCCUAUUUUAGCUUCCGCACUCGAUUAAAUUGUAGGGGUUUCGUGUAAAAAUCAGCAUAGGAAAAUCACAACCCAGUAAUUUUUUCGGUUGGUAGAGUUCAGAGGAAGUUGAAAUUCUCGGUUUUUUUGCUUGAAUUUCUCUUCUGUAUUUUCGAAAUUGUGUUUGGUUCUCUGGUCCAGAGGCUUGGUAGCUCAGAGGAAGAGAGAAGAUGACGCUCGAUUCGAUGCCAGGGAGCUCAGGGUACUUGGAUUUGCAUCCAGAGAGGAAAAUGUUCUAUUUCAAGAAUGCUUACAUUCUCCGUUUGACUGUAGUUGCUGGGAUUGGUGGGCUUCUCUUUGGCUACGACACAGGUGUGAUAUCGGGGGCGCUUCUGUAUAUCAAAGAUGAUUUUGAGGCUGUGAAGGACAGUAGUUUCCUUCAGGAAACAAUUGUAAGCAUGGCCAUUGUUGGUGCUAUAAUUGGGGCAGCUGCAGGGGGUUGGAUUAAUGAUGCUUAUGGACGUAAGAAGGCUACUCUUCUUGCUGAUAUUAUCUUUACUCUUGGGGCGAUUGUCAUGGCUGCUGCUCCAGAUCCAUAUGUUCUUAUAUUGGGGCGACUUCUGGUCGGCCUCGGUGUGGGUGUGGCAUCUGUUACUGCUCCUGUUUACAUCGCAGAGGCAUCCCCAUCAGAAAUAAGGGGAGGACUAGUGAGCACGAAUGUUCUUAUGAUAACUGGUGGCCAGUUUAUUUCCUACCUUGUUAAUCUCUGUUUUACAGAGGUCCCUGGGACAUGGCGAUGGAUGCUUGGAGUAUCAGGUGUUCCAGCUGUCAUUCAGUUCUCUCUCAUGCUCUGUCUACCAGAGUCUCCUCGAUGGCUUUUUAUGAAGGAUGAUAAAGAAAAAGCCAUUGCUGUGAUGUCCAAAAUUUAUAAUUUGUCUCGCUUAGAGGACGAAAUAGAUUACCUUGCUUCUCAAGCAGAGGAAGAGCACCAUAAGAAGAAGGAUGUUAGCUACUGGAAUGUUUUCAAAGUAAAAGAAAUCAGACUUGCUUUUCUGGCUGGGGCCGGACUUCAGGCAUUUCAGCAAUUCACUGGUAUCAAUACGGUCAUGUACUACAGCCCAACAAUUGUGCAGAUGGCUGGCUUUCAGUCCAACCAGUUAGCUCUUUUACUGUCCCUUAUAGUGGCUGCCAUGAAUGCUGCUGGGACAGUUCUUGGCAUUUAUCUCAUUGACCAUUUUGGCCGGAGGAAGCUGGCCCUCUCGAGCUUAAGUGGUGUUAUUGUGUCACUUCUCAUCCUCUCGGGUGCUUUUUUUGUUCAAUCAUCUGGUUCUACAAGUGUAUUCUAUGGGUGGCUUGCAGUUAUAGGUUUAGCCCUGUAUAUUGGUUUCUUUGCACCGGGAAUGGGACCUGUGCCAUGGACCGUGAACUCAGAGAUAUAUCCUGAAGCAUAUAGAGGGAUAUGUGGGGGAAUGUCAGCUACUGUGAAUUGGAUAUCGAAUUUGAUUGUGGCCCAGACAUUCCUUUCGGUUGCAGAAUCUGUUGGAACUGGUGCAACUUUCUUGAUCAUUGCGGUUGUGGCUGUCAUUGCAUUUGUCUUUGUGAUUCUGUUCCUACCCGAGACAAAGGGCUUGACAUUCGAGGAAGUGGAGAGGAUUUGGAAGGAGAGGGCUUGGGGCAGCAGUGGUUCUAACACACAGAGCCUUCUUGAGCAGGGAGAUGAGUCUUAGGUGUUACAAUUUUGCUUAUUCUGAUAGAACUGCUAGCUGUGCUUGCUGUAGAAGACGAACUUGCAUCUUGUUUCAAUAUGUAUAUAUAUCCUCACGUACUUGCUUGAAGAUCAGCGUUCGACUAGUAAGUCUGGUCCAUUGUGCCCCAUGAGAAUUUCUGGAUUGGCAGGAUGUCCUU